AUGGUUGGUAUGUUUCUAGUGACAAAGAAAUUAUUUACACUGGUAAAAUGCCUUUGGUUCAAAAUGGUUGUAGGCGAAAGUAUAAACAAUAUUAUGGGGGGUAUAGAGAAUACAGGGACCGUCAAACAGCACAAUCAUAAAAAGAAAUUAAGACAAAGGUUUGACAUUAUUAAAAAAUUGGGACAAGGUACAUUUGGGAAGGUGCAGCUGGGAAUAAACAAAGAGACUGGUCAAGAAGUUGCUAUUAAAACAAUAAAAAAAUCAAAAAUACAAUCGGAAGCCGACUUAGUUAGGAUUAGAAGAGAGAUUCAGAUUAUGUCAUCUGUACAACAUCCUAAUAUUAUACAUAUAUAUGAAGUAUUUGAAAAUAGAGAAAAAAUGGUUCUAGUCAUGGAAUAUGCAGCUGGGGGUGAACUAUACGAUUAUUUAUCUGAAAGAAAAAUUCUGGACGAAGAAGAGGCUCGUAGAAUAUUUAGACAGAUAGCGACGGCUUGCUACUAUUGUCAUAAACAUAAAAUAUGCCACAGAGAUCUUAAGUUGGAAAAUAUUUUACUCGAUGAGAAUAAUAAUGCAAAGAUUGCCGAUUUUGGUUUAUCUAAUGUUUUUGAUGACCAAAGGCUAUUAGACACAUUUUGUGGUUCUCCACUUUACGCCUCACCUGAAAUAGUUAAAGGUACCCCGUAUCAUGGUCCUGAAGUGGAUUGUUGGUCUCUAGGAGUACUUUUAUACACACUCGUAUAUGGCGCAAUGCCAUUUGAUGGUAGCAAUUUUAAAAGAUUAGUCAAACAAAUAUCACAAGGAGAUUAUUUUGAACCUACCAAACCCAGUCCUGCUUCACCUUUAAUAAGAGAAAUGCUCACAGUUAAUCCAAAAAAUCGAGCCGAUGUAGAAAAAAUCUGCAGUCACUGGUGGGUGAAUGAAGGCUACUCUGAAAAUUGCCUUGACAUUUCAGAAGAAUUAGCCAAUCAAACACCUGUUCGGCUCGACGUUCUAUUAUCCUUAGCUCCUCCCGCUCCACAAUUGGAAAGCGAAAAACUCAUGGUAACAGGGGAAGAACAAUCCGGCAAACAAGAAAUUACCGGAGCACCAACCAGAUCUCACUCCGUUGGAUCUUUUAUGGAAUUAGCACAUCCUGCUGAAAGAAGGAUCAUAGAUAUGCUAAUGGAGGAUAAGAUUACCCCUAAGAGGAAAUUAGAGACUACUGUUAGUACUGAUAGGGUCAAUUUGGAUAAACGAAAAGAAAAAAUAGUGAAAGAAAAUACUGUCGCUGAUAUUACUGUACAUGGUCAACAUAAAGAGAUAGAAGAUGCAAUUAGAGCAGCACCUUUAGAUAAAAGUUCGACACAAACAAUAUCCAAAGAAAUGGAAGUAGAGCCACAUGAAACAAUAGAUCCCAAUCUUCAGGGAGCCGCUUGCAGUGAAAUAUUAGAAGAAACGGAAAAGAAGAAAAAUCAGAAACUCAAAAAAUCCUUAACAAAAACUAUAAGCAGUAAUAUUUUAGAAAAUAUAAACGAAAUGCCUAGUCAAGAAAAUGUAGCGGACACUUUGAAUAAAGAAAAUAUAAAAACUGCAGUUAAAGAAACGCCUGAAAGCGAAAUUAAAAAACCUUCAGCAGAAAAUAAGAGCCCAGCGAAGAAGAAGAUUGGUACAAAGAAAGUUUUAGUAGAUAAAAAUGAGAAUUCUACUCAGCUGGUUCCAGCUGUAGAAGAAAAAGCUAAAAAGGAAGCUCCUCAAGAAACUAAAGAGCCUGAUGUAGAACCUCCCUCUAAACCAAUUGAAAGACGAAAAUCAAGAAUAUUCGAAGCAGCUGAAAAAUUCCAAAAUCUUAUAUCGCCUACAGAAACUAAAACUCCUUCUGAAAAACCAAAGAAAGUUCUAAUACCCGGUGUCAGUGUUGACGGAUUUAAAAAAGAAUUCGAACGCAAAGCUAGCUUAACAUCGACCACCCCGCCUAAAGUAAAAGGUGCCUUAACGAAGAAAAUUCCUGUAAAGAAGUCUGAAGAUAAACAAGAAUCCGUAGAAAUAAUAGAAAAAGCGCAACCCGAGCCCAAAGAGACUGAUGAAGAGAAAAAAGAACGCCUAAGAAACGCAGUCAAUAUUAUCUCAAGUGCCUUAGAUAAGGAAGGAACUAGAAAAUCGAAAUCGCGGCCUUGCAUCGAAAGAAAACCUCCCGUACCGUUUGGUGUGAGUGGCAGAUCAGCGUCUGGUAACAUUGGAAUGCUAACGACUCCUCUUUCCCCACCGCCGGGUCCCAAACCUUACGUUCCCAUUAAAUUGUCGGACUUACAUCUGCAAAAAGUUGAAGAUAAACCUGAAACAUUGGAAGAAAACGAAAAUAAGGUUUCUUCCGCUGAAAUUACCCUUAAGAGUGCUACUCUACCAAGGAGGAAGACGACAAAGGCUGAAAUCCAAUUGAAUUAUCCAGUUCCUAAACCUACACAAAUGAAUUUCAAGACUGAAAUGGCGCAUAAUGUUGAAGGAUAUCAGCCACAAGGUGCUGAGAUUGUUGCUGAAAUUACUUUACCAAGGUUGAAACAAGAACAACAGGCAAGAACCUCUUCAAAAGAACGGGUAAUACCAAUUUCAUUUGAAAGACAGGAGAGCCAAGAAACUGUACAAACUCCACCACCCAUGAAACCCCCUACGUCAAGAGCUUUUCAGACUCAGAAGUCCAGCAGUUCUCAAAGAUCAAAUCUGUCGAGACAAUCCACACAGGAUUCAGAUACCGAAACUGUUGCUUCUACAGGCGAGCCAAUAAGAAAAUCUCCCAGAGAAUAUAUAAUUCCUAUUGCCGUUGAAGGUGGAGGCUACGUUACUCCGAGGGCCGGCAGCUUAGAACCUAGUGAUACAGCUAGUACUACAAGUACAAUGACAUCUAGAAGUAAAACUAAAUUUGGAAGAGGCAGAAGAUUAAAUACAUUCUUUGGAGACAGAGAUUCCGAGGAUGAAUCAUUCUCAUUCCAUCAUCCUAGAGAUAGUGAUACAGAAGAUCCUAGGAAGGAUGCUUUCCAUAGGCUGAGGAGUACUCGUUCUAAAAAGGCACCUGUGGAACAUGCUGAAUCGAUUAGCUCUGGAGAUGAAGAUGAUGAUGAAGGCUUCGAAAUUCUGACGGCUGAAAACCUGUUUUCAACACUGUUAUCGAGGGUAAGGGAUUUGACCCAAAGGUUAAAUGUAGAUGAAGGAAUGAGACCUGGUUUCCCAAGCAGUAGAUUGUUCACUCAUUUUGACCACGGAACUAAUUUCUUUAAUAGAAUGGAGCAUCCUCUGUCCAGGCAUUCAUCUUUGGGCAGAACCUUUGGCCGAGACAGACCUACUGUAACAAAAUCCACAGUAGGUAGCAGCUUUGGAGUUCCAUGGAGACGAAGCGUCAGUCGCGAUUUAGCUACUGACAUAGACAGCGUGUUCAAAAAUCCGAACCCAGCUCCUUCUCCCCGCCCAACAGAUGAAUCGACCGAUGAAAACCUUAAUUUAGCAGAUCUAGAUUUAAAAAAAUUAAAAUUGUCCGAUGAAGACGCUUUGGCACUGUCUUACCUUACUCCCGCUCUAUCAAAACGCAUUCAAAAGCAACUCCUCGCUCAGCUAGCUCCAUCCGAAGCUAGAAAAUUGCACCGAACGAUGUCAUCGUGUACAUCAGAGGAACAAAAUGGCAGCUUAUCAGGUAGAUCCACUUUACCGAGGAGAUUCUCUGUGGAAACCAAUUCGAGUUUAAAAGAGGAACCUAGAACACAGAGAUCUUUCUUGCCGAUAAAAAAAGAGGAGUAUAGACCUUCUUCAGAAUUUAGUAUUAGAUCUUCUAGUAUAGGCGCGGAGCCUAGAUGUGAUAAUAAGUUUCUUAGAACGCCUAAAGUAAGCAAGUCAAUAUCGCUUCGCGAGCCUAAAAUAUAUUCAUCGAAAUCAGAUUUACAAAGCCCGGAUUCAAGUAUUUCGGAAAGUAUCUCUACUUCUUAUAAAAACGACAGUUCUAAGUGCAUAUCGGAAUCGUCGAUAUCAAGGCCUUAUUCGAAAUACUCCUCAGAAUCUUUAUAUUCGAGAUACUCACCGAAUAAAUCAACUGAAGCAAUAGAUUCUAGCAAGACUGACUUACAAAAACCUAAAAAAGUGUCUCGAUUUUUAAGACCCGACUUCUUCGAAGGCCAAAAAGAAGAAAAUAUCUACCUUAGGGACAAAAAGGAACGCGAAAUGGAAACACAGAAGGUCCUAAAAGAAAUCCGAGAUAAAAGAAAAGGUAGGUUGUAUUCUAGAAGGGAAACAUCUCUCAGUAGAGAAGUCAGUGAGAAAUCCGAAGAACAAUCUUCAAAAGAAACUGAUAAACCAAUAAAAGAAUCUGAAACAUUGCUUCCCAAAGUUUCUGCUAGUAUUAAAACUUUAGAAAACAGCACUAAUAGUAUACACGAUUACGUAAAUGUACCUGGUACCAGUGGAAGUUCUGAACAAAAUACUGAACUAAUUCAUGAUUAUGUUAAUGUUAAAGCUACUAACGAUGCAACAAAGAAGGAUAAACAAUCUAGAAUAGCAAGACCGAAAUCUUACCCUGCGGAAACUGUGAUCAAAGAAAAUCCCAAAGAGAAAAACUCAACAACCCCGGAAAAAGAAUCAAAAUUAAGUAAAAUUAGAAAAGGUUUCAGUAAAAACAAAGAUAAAAGUAAAGAAGAUAAAAAAAGCAAUGCAGAAGAAGAUAAAAAUCAAAAAAAUAAGUUGCUACAAACUUUAGAAAAAAAAUUAGAGAAAUUCAGAGCAUCCAAAGAUUCGCAAGCCGUCCAAGAUAAGAAAUCCACCGUGGAAAAUGUUAUAAAAAGGUUAAGAGAACAGAGUUUGCCUAGAAAUUUGGAGCACUGCACCGAAUCCGGUUUAAUAAAACGUGCAGUUUCUGUAGAAGACUUAUCCGGAAACAAAACUUUACAAGCUUCAAGAAAAUCUGUUACCAAAAUAUUAGGAUUGUUUAAGAAAUACGAAGACCAAGAAAAGAAAAAAGUGAUAAAGAAACCCAAGAACAAAAUUGCAAAGAAAGAUAGUGAAAAUAAUAACGAUCAAAAUUCUAUUAUAAAUGAUAGUUCCGUUACCGAUUCUAGUCAAGUUGAUAAAAAGGAACGACCCAGAUCUUUACUAAUAGAUAAAAUCAAGCAAUAUCAAAAUGGAACAAACGAAAAAGAGCCUAAAACAAAAUCGAAAUUACCCGUCAAUUCGUAUAGACGCAGUCUUAAUUUAGAUAACAUGUCCGACGUUGUCAAUAAUAAUGCUGCUACCGGAAAGCCAGAUAGGCGACAUUUGAAGUUAGAUCUUAGUAAAAUACAGUCUAAAAGCGAACCUGUUGUUAUUCGAGAACCUAUUCCUAGCUCAAGUACUCAGGAAGAUUCGAAUUUCAAUGAAAAUAGGAACUCUCUUGCAAUGACAGAUGACAGUUCGACCGUUUUGUCACCGUCUGAUGAUUACCAAAGCUGCGACAGUUGGUCCGUGAUGUCAGAAUAUCCAAACGUUAAUGAUUUACAUUCGCCUUUGUCUCCGAAUGGCUAUUUAUAUUCCGGCGAUGAAAACGAGUCUGUUAUCGAUAGGAUUAGGAGGAAGAGUUUUUACACGAGAUUCAACGAGAAGAAGAGAAUACGAAAACCGAAUUCUUAUAAUAUGGAUUUGGGAUACAAGAGUCCUACUGACUAUAGCUCUUUGGAUAGAAGCAAUUAUGGUUAUAGGUCGUCAAUUAGUCGUAGGCCUAGUUAUAUAGCAUCUGCUCAAGAACCCCCUAAAGCCUACAGGCCGUACUCCAGAAGCUCUUCCUUACUUAACGAAUAUGUCAACGUACCUAAUCGCUAUCAGACAUAUAGUUCAAGAAUCGCUAGGCCCGUUUCCUCCUUAUAUUCCGACUGUGAAGACAACAUAGAUGAUUUAAUGCCAGCUGCUAAACCUAGACAUUACAGUUUAUCUACGCCACCAUCCAGAUUAAGUCGAAGAUCUGUCUCUCCAGCUAACGAAUAUUAUCUUGGUCAUCCGUCUUCCUCUAUGAUAUCGCCAAAUCCUUCUGAAACUAAUUAG